GGCUGCAGCUGCUGUGCUGACUCAUGUGCCCCAGCAGACAGCAGGAGCUGGAGGCAUGGGCUCCCCGGGGGCCCUGGCGGGCUGGGGGCUUCUGGAUUACAAAACGGAGAAGUAUGUGAUAACCAGGAACUGGCGGGUGGGCGUCCUGCAGAGGUUGCUGCAGCUCGGGGUCAUGGCCUACGUGGUGGGGUGGGCUCUCCUCGCCAAAAAAGGCUACCAGGAGCGAGACCUGGACCCCCAGAUUUCCGUCAUCACCAAACUCAAAGGGGUUUCUGUGACCCAGAUCGAGGAGCUGGGUAACCGACUGUGGGAUGUGGCAGACUUCGUGAAGCCACCACAGGGAGAGAAUGUGUUCUUCUUGGUGACCAAUUUUCUUGUGACGCCAGAACAAGUUCAGGACAGAUGUCCAGAGCACCCUUCCAUCCCGCUGGCUAACUGCUGGGCUGAUGAGGACUGUCCGGAAGGGGAGACGGGGACACACAGCCACGGCAUAAAAACGGGCCAAUGUGUGGAAUUCAACGGGACCCACAGGACCUGUGAGAUCCAGGGCUGGUGCCCCGUGGAGAGCGGCACUGUGCCCAUCAGGAAGCCCCUACUGGUCCAGGCAGAGAACUUCACCUUGUUCAUCAAGAACGCUGUCACCUUCAGCAAGUUCAACUUCUCCAAGUCCAAUGCCUUAGACACCUGGGACGCCACUUAUUUCAAGCGCUGUCGCUACGACUCACGCUACAGCCCUUACUGCCCUGUGUUCCGCAUUGGGGAUCUCGUGGCUGCAGCUGGAGGGGUCUUUGAGGACCUGGCAUUGCUGGGAGGUGCUGUGGGCGUCCGAGUCCACUGGGAUUGUGACCUGGAUGCUGGGGGCUCCGACUGUCGGCCCCACUACUCCUUCCAGCUGCAGGAGAGGAGCUACAACUUCAGGACAGCCACUCACUGGUGGAAAGCCUCAGGUGUGGAGGCUCGGAGUCUGCUCAAGCUCUAUGGGAUCCGCUUCGACAUCCUUGUCACUGGGCAGGCAGGGAAGUUCGGCCUCAUCCCCACGACCAUCACUCUGGGCACCGGAGCAGCUUGGCUGGGUGUGAUCACCUUCUUCUGUGAUCUGCUGCUGUUGUAUGUGGACGAAGAAGCCCAUUUCUACUGGAGGACCAAGUAUGAGGAGGCAAAGGCUCCGAAGGUGACCACCAACCCCGAGCAGACAGAACCAGCUUCUGCACCCCCGUGCGUGGCUGCCCAGGUGUCUUAGAGGGGACCCAGUCUGGGAGCCAGACACCGACACCAGAGUGACCGUGCCAAGG